AGGCUGCAGCCCACUACCACCAUGUCCCUAGAGGCCCCUUGCCUGCCUGCCUGCCUGCCUGCUCCUCCUGCUGCUCAGUACAGCUGUGGCUCAGCACCAGACCCUGACCAGCUGGGAUCUCAACCCUGUCAGAGAGCCACGACAACAGCCACUGUGGGCGUGUUCACACUGUGUGUGAAAGCUCCUCAUCGCUGACUAUUAGGUGAAGCACACAGACACCAACUUUAACUACAGCUUCCAACAACAACAGCAACAUCUCUGCUGGUGCUGAGAAUAUUCUCUUUUGAGCAUGGCUGUGGCACCCCGGGCCCUGGCACUUCCUCUGCCCCUGGUGCUCGCCCUGCUCACCCUGGCACCGGCGCCCACCUUGGGAGGCUGCCCAGCGGCUUGCCGGUGCUCCUUCGCCAUGCUGCAGUGCCUGGAGCCCAAUGGUAUCACCAGCAUCCCGGCACUGGCACCGCAAGAGAGCGAGAAUGUGACGGAGAUUUACAUCGAAAACCAAGCAACCCUGGAGAAUAUAACAGAAAUUGAUCUUGUUAACUACAGAGAGCUGAAAAACCUCACGGUCACAUCAUGUAAACUGAGGCUCAUCUCUGCCAAUGCCUUCCAACACAACCUCAAGCUCCAGUAUGUGAACCUGGCAUCAAACUAUCUGGAACACAUCUCCUGGAGGGUGUUUCAUUUUCUCCCACUGCUCAACCUAGUUUUGAGGGACAACCCUCUUGUUUGCUCCUGUGACCUCCACUGGCUCCAGCAGUGGCAGCGGAAUGAACGCGGUGACCUGGAAAACCAAAUGUUGUCUUGUUUCUCCCAUGAUCGAGAAGAACCCCUCAACUCUUUGGUGAUACAUAACUGCAGUCUGCCUGAUGUGACGAUCGUCUCUUUCAAAGAUUCAAAGAUUCAAGAAGGGGGAAACCUGACAUUUGCGUGUCAAGUGACAGGAAGUCCUACUCCCAAUGUGAGAUGGCGAACUGAUGAGCUUCACUCUCGCUUCUUUACCCAGGAGAGAAUCUGGGGCUCCACAUUAGAGCUGGUCCUUUUCCUCACCAACGUUUCUUCCAGUGACAACCUGCACAACCUAACUUGUGAGGCCGAGAACCAAGCUGGGCUGGGAGAGGAGAUGGUGCAAUUGGACAUAGAGUUUCCAGUCAAAAUCAUCUUUCUUAGGGAUGCCGUGCCGCAGCACCACUGGUGUUUCCCCUUUGCUGUGGAUGGAAAUCCUGAACCAUCCAUCACCUGGCAGUUCAACGGCAACAAACUCAAAGAGGGCAUGUACACAUACACCCAGCUCAUCCCUGACUCGGGUGACGGGUCAGUGAAACACGGAUGUCUCUUCCUCAACAAGCCCACACACCUCAACAACGGCUUCUACACUCUGAUUGUGCAGAACAAACUGGGAAGGGAUGAGGCCACAGCCUCUGGGAUUUUUAUGCACAACCCCUUCGACCCGCUCGAUCCUGAGGGGAUAAUUCCAGUCCUUGAUGAUGAUGAUCCAAUUCCUACAGACAAAUCAGACAUGGACGUCACAGAGAACCCUGAGAGUCGAGUGUUUGUGGUGUCUGUGGCUGUGGGUCUUGCUGUGUUUGCCUGCACUUUCCUUCUCAUCAUGAUUUUGGUUAUUAACAAGUGUGGCCAGCAUUCCAAGUUUGGUAUUCACCGUUCAUCAGUUUUGGGCACUGAGGAUGACCUGGCUGUGUCACUUCGUUUCAUGAACUUUGGAACGAGCCCACCUUCCUCAGAUGAAGACUCUGGUUUAUCCAGUUUUGUAGAGAAUCCACAAUACUUCUGCGGCAUCAUCAAAGAGAAAGACAUGUGUGUCCAGCAUAUUAAACGGCAGGACAUUGUGUUGAAGUGGGAGCUGGGUGAAGGAGCGUUUGGCAAAGUCUACCUGGCAGAGUGUGCCAACCUCAGCCCCGACAGCAACAAGAUGCUGGUCGCCAUCAAGACUCUAAAGGACGCCAACGAGUCGACCCGGCAGGACUUCCAGAGGGAGGCCGAGCUGCUGACGGUGCUCCAACACCAGCACAUUGUGCGAUUCUACGGCGUCUGUACAGACGGAGAGCCGCUGGCCAUGGUGUUCGAAUACAUGAGGCACGGAGACCUCAACCGAUUUCUUAGAGCUCAUGGCCCUGAUGCUCGUAUCCUGGAGGAGUCGAAGAUGCCCCCGCUGGGUCAGCUCACUCUGCCUCAGAUGCUCCACAUCGCCGCCCAGAUCGCCUCAGGUAUGGUCUACCUGGCGUCGCUGCACUUCGUCCACCGUGACCUGGCAACCCGCAACUGUCUGGUGGGGGAGGGCCUGGUGGUCAAAAUCGGAGACUUUGGCAUGUCCCGAGACAUCUACAGCACAGAUUAUUAUCGGGUGGGCGGACGUACGAUGCUGCCGAUCCGCUGGAUGCCCCCGGAGAGCAUCAUGUACAGGAAGUUCACCACGGAGAGCGACAUCUGGAGCUUCGGUGUUGUCCUCUGGGAGAUCUUCACCUACGGCAAACAGCCCUGGUACCAGCUGUCCAACAGUGAGGCCAUCGAAUGCAUCACGCAGGGACGGGAACUGGAAAGGCCACGCACCUGCCCCAAGGAGGUGUACCUGCUGAUGCAGGGCUGCUGGCAGAGAGAGCCCCAGCAGAGGAUGGUCAUCAAGGACAUCCACAGCCGUCUGCUGGCCCUGGUCAAGAACCCGCCGGUUUACCUGGAUAUCCUGGGCUAAAAGGGGCCGAGAAGCAACCAGGGAGCGGAAUUGAAAAGGCUGGGGAGGUGGUUGAGGUUUUGAUUUGAGACCUAAAACUUGUUCCUUUAAUUCUAAUCGAGGGUAAUUACUUUGAACAGGCUCCUCUUGGUUUGAGUUUAAAAAUAUGUCCCGAUGCUUGAUGGACGAACCAUCUGCAGUGACCUUUCCUCAUCCCGGCUCGACCCCGACCUGUUUACUGCCCCGUCGUUCUCCGGAAACCUGUCAAAUGUUUACCAAAGUCUUUAAUGUUUAUCUGAAGUGGUCUCAGCCAGAUGGAGGGACAUGCAUGGAUAAGUGCUGAGGUAACUGUAUAUGGGCUUUACGUUGCUGGGAGUGCGAUCUCAGAUGAUGGCUUGUUGGGGGGGAUUUUGGCUCUGAAGUCCCUGCAAAGAUUUGUGAGCUGAGCUGUGGCGCAUUUUAUACGACUCUACAGCCGACACCUGUGUUAAAAGGCAAUUAGAAAAUGAAACGGAUGAUUACAAGAGAGGGCACUUCACAUCAUGAGUCAAAAAAUGGAAACCAUUUUUGUCAGAAGACGCCAAAAUCGUUUGUACAGUAUAGUCACUGAUUUUGGAUAAGUUUUGAUAUGGCAGGUCAUUUUAAGGCUUUCAGAAAAUGUAUAUAAGAUAUCAAAGUUGUACAAUCAAAACCUUGGAAAGCUUGUUUGUUUCUGAUGUGUCAAAACCAUUGUAUCAUAUGAGUAUUUUUCAAAAACAAGAACAAAAUGUCAUAUAUUAGCAGUGAAAGUGUGUGCUUACAUUUAAUGUUGAAUGUCGAAUAUGAAAAAAGAAAAUACUUCCAAAGAACAACCCUUUGACCUGCAGCCUGCCUGCGACACUCAGGAGUGGCUUUUGUACGAAUUAGUGAUGUUUAACAUGUAGAGCUUCCAAAUCAAAGCACUGCAGUGAAAUUCAGUAAGGGGGCAGGAUGGUGGGGAGGUGACACACCGAGAUGGUUUUAGAGGCAACAGAUGGAUUAAAGUGAGUGAAACUCCAGGAGGAGAGGGACAGAUGGCACUGAAACAGAGACUGGAGGUCCUCCAUGAAAAAAAAAAAAGAAAAGUUUAAAUUCAACCAAAUGGGGCAUUUAGAAAAACUGAGUGGGAGCCUACAAACCAUUGUGAUAGCUUUAAGUGUAAAUACUAACUGUACAUAUUCUGUAUUAAUGUCUAAAAAAAAAAUAUAUAUAUAUCUUCAUGUAAUGUUACUCCAGCACUUUGUAUAUUGUCUGCCCUUAAAAAUAAACAAACU